AUGAACAAAUUUCAAAUUGAGUAUGAACUGAGAAGUCCAUGGAUUGCUCGGUUGGAUCAUCUUGAACACAGAAUGUGGAUUGAACAGAAAGAUUCGAACGCUUGCUGGAUGGGCAAGGCAUCCUUUCAUAGGUUAUCAAAUCUUCAAAACAACAAGCUUAUCCAACUCGCUACAAAAAACUUCGAGUAUCGACAAUCGAUAUUCAAAAAUGAACUCGAUCAUCAUCUAAAAGGGUGGACAACAAAGUGGGGAUUUGAUAAAAUGAGAUUUGCUCGGGAGAAAACCACAGAUUGCUACUUCGCUUUUGCGGCCUCCAAUGCGCUAGACCAUUACUCCAAUGUACGAAUCAUUCUUACCAAGGCAGCAAUCCUCAUCACAGUUGCCGACGAUUUUUUUGACAUGGAAGGUUCUUUACAUGACUUGCAAAUCCUUGCUGAUGCAGUUCAAAGAUGGGAUUCUAAUGGCUUGACUGGCCACAGCAAGAAAAUCUUCAAUGCACUUGAUGAUCUUGUUACAGAUUUUGCAGCAAAAUAUCUCCAAUACCAAGGGAUUGAUAUAACCAACCAUGUCCGGGAUCUAUGGAGAGAAACAUUCAUGUCAUGGCUGACAGAAGCUACAUGGAGCAAGACCGGAUGUGUACCAUCCAUGGAUGAAUACCUGCAAACUGGCAUGAUUUCCAUUGCUGCACACACUUUAGUUCUUCCAGCUGCAUGCUUCUUGAAUCCAAGCUUACCUAAUGAAAUAUUCAAGUCAUUCUCUUAUGAAUAUCAGACUCUUACCAAGUUAGUCAUGUUGAUAUGUCGUUUGUUGAAUGAUACUCAAAGCUAUCAGAAAGAACAGGAGCAAGGCAAGUUAAAUUCAGUGUUGCUCCAUAUGAGAGAGAAUCCAGAUGUUAAGAUUGAAGACUCUGUGGCAUAUGUUAAAGAUAUAAUUGAUAAAAAGAGCAAAGAGUUACUUGAGCAUGUUUUAAUGGACGAUCUAAGUGACAUGCCUAAAUCAUGCAAGCAACUCCAUUUAUCGAUUUUCAAAGUGUUUCAAAUGUUUUUCCACUCCUGCAAUCGAUUCAAUACAGAUACGCACAUAGACAUUCUUCAAGACGUCCAAAAAGCAAUUUAUCUUCCUCUAGCUGUUCAACCUUCAAAGCCAUGGAAGCAGCAGUCUUUUCCUCAACUUCCUCACCAUGCGAGUUCUGGAUUGAAGAAAGAUUAUCAGCUAAGAAUCAACUCUCGCGUUGCUUCACCCUUCAAACAAUACCAUAACAGCAGGAUAAAUAUUGUUGCUACGCACCAGAUUUCUAAGCCGCCUCUUCAAGUGUUUGCUUAUAAUAACAAAAUGGCCUCUUCAAUACAGAUUCCUCUGUUUGCUAUGUAUGUGUGAUAUAGGCAGUUGUAUUAUUGGACGUGUUUUUAAUAUUUUAACAUUUUAUUAAUACAUAUAUAACGUUUAUAAUAAUAGAUGGUAUGUGUUUAAUAACUAAGUAAAUUACACAUAACGUUUUUGUAUGUAUAUUAAUUUCAUUUAUAUGAUUGCUCUCUACAGCCUAAA